CAGAGGGGCUAUGGCUUUAUGGGGCCCUAAAGUAUCAGCUCUCUCUUUGGUGAGAAAGAUGAGGAGCUAAUAAACUAAGGUGCUUUUCACCAGAGUGUGGUUGGGAGUGAUUAUGGGAGCAAUGUGGGCUUUGAGUUAAAUACGGAGUAAUGCUUUCAUGGAAGAUUUUGGCAAAAGCAGAGGUGAUAAGGAUGAUGCACAUUUUGCCUUGGACAAGCCAAGGAGAGUCCAAUUCAAAGACAAAUUUCAAGCUUUGAGGAAGUUGAUUCCAAAUCCCACAAAGAAUGAUAGAGCAUCAACAGUUGGGGAUGCCAUUGACUACAUAAAUGGGGAUGCCAUUGACUACAUAAAUGAGCUUAGGAGGGAAGUGACAAAACUUGAGGGUCUCAUAGAGAAGAAGAAGAAGAGACAGAACAAUGGAAGUUCAAUGAAGGAAAGGUUCUGGUUCAAGAAAAGGUCUAAUGGCACAGAGGUGGACGUACGUGUGAUGGAUGACGAAGACAAAGAAGUCACUGUUAAGAUUGUGCAGCGGAAGGGGAGCGAGAACAACAGCUGUAAGUCUCAAGAGUUCUAGAUGAGCUGCAGCUUGGCCUUUGCCAUGUAGGAGGAGGGCUCAUUGGUGAUUGAUACACAUUUCUCCUCAAUUAUAAGAAUAUAAGGUUGUUUUUCAUUCACUCACAUGCUUCAUUUUGAUUCUCCCAUAUACUCUCUCCCCGUCGCAUAGAAAGAUUCCACGUUUCCUUUUUUGCCAGUCUAAAAAGAUUCCACUUUUGGAAAGACUUUGUGGCGCAUAUAAUUUCUCUCUCCUCUACACUACUUUCAAUCGUAUAUUUGUGUUUUUUCUUAACUUCUGCGUCAAGUCAAAUGUGGAAGCAUUUAACGGGACAAAGGAAGUAUUAGUGCGGCAUACACUCGCAAGAAAUGCCUGUAUCGCAU